GAGCACAGAGCAUAAGGGAAGAUGCUUGCUGAAACGGGUCACACAGAGGAAUGGGUGUGUGAUGCAGGAUGUCAGCAGAGCAACGUGUUCGCAUAUCUUCACCUCCCUUCCCCCAGCUUCUUUUCUUCUAACGAUCAGAACAGCACGGCAGCAGAAAAGGACAAAGCUCCACACAGAAUUAAACCGCUGCAUGGCAAGAGGAAAGACAUUCUGCAAGAAAUAGAGCUGGACCACUCUCUGAACAAUAAGUCAGCCCUGAAAUGUUUUUGCGUUGUGCAUCGUUAUCAUGUCUGACUCAUUUUUCGACAUGGGAGAGGCAGUUAGAGGUCUAAGAAACUGAAAUUACGAAUACAGAAACACCAAAAGGAAUGGCAAAUCACUGAAUUGCUUAAAACAUUACGUGUGACAUCUGCAGAAAGGCUAGCUGCUAAGCAGACGGAUAUAAAGCAGAGGAGUGGCAAAUCAUUGGAGAAGAAAGAUGUUGGAAUGGCAGGAGCUAGCUCCAAUGGUUUAGUGAUAAAGCAGCACAAAGCAUGCAUCUACAAAGAGACUGCUGGAGCAGACGAUGAGCAACAGUUUUAUUCAGACCAAGCGAAAGGACCUUACAUAUCUGGACUUCCAAAGAGGUAAACAAAUCAAAUCAGAAAUCCAAAGUAAUGAGGCGAUGGAAGCGGCGGCACAGAUACUGCAGUCUUGCUCUUUUCCUCAUGGUCCUAGUAUUUGUAGGAGGCCUGAUUAUGCAGGGUCACUGGUGGUCCGGUCAAACAAACCAAGAAAAGCUUGCAUCUCAAGGGCCCCAAACUAUGAAAGUCUUCAACUACACCAUGAUGAACCAAAACAAAUUGAGAGAGCCUGAAGAGUCUAGCACACCACUAAUAUCAAGUGAAAAUGUCAUUUCAGCUUUGGAUAAAAGUUUAAUGCAGGACUUUAAAAACUCAAACAUCAGUUCAAGUGGAGAGAUGAGAGCAGAGAGGAUACUUAAAGAUGAGCCUUACAAGUACAUCCACAAUGAGCCAAAUGCAUGUCUGCUGCGGGCUCCUUUCUUAGUGCUUUUGAUCGCUGUUGAGCCCAAGAAAUCAGACGCCAGGGAUGCUAUCAGGAAAACCUGGGGCAAUGAAAGUUUGGCUGGGGAAUUAGGUGUAAUCCGUCUGUUCCUCAUAGGGGUCAACAAAGACACCCAGAGCAAUGGAGGAAAACUACAGCUUUCGAUAGAAGAUGAAAGCCGACAACAUCAUGACAUCAUCCAGCAAGAUUACAGGGAUUCUUACAAAAACCUUACCUUAAAGACUCUAAUGGGAAUGUACUGGAUCACAAAGUAUUGUCCAGAGGCCAUGUACGUCAUGAAGACUGACAGCGAUAUGUUUGUCAACACUGAAUACCUCAUACAUCAAAUCUUGAAACCCAACGGACAAGAACGGAAGUAUUUUACAGGAUAUCUAAUGAUGGACUUCUCCCCAAACCGCAACAUUCGCAGCAAGUGGUAUAUGCCACCUGAACUGUACCCGGAUAGGCGAUACCCCAACUUUUGCUCUGGGACAGGGUAUGUCUUUUCAGGUGAUAUGGCUCAGAGAAUAUAUGUGGCCUCCCUGAGCAUACCCAGGUUGCAUUUAGAAGACGUUUAUGUGGGCAUCUGUCUGGCUAAAUUAGGAAUAAAGCCAGUACCUCAAACAAACAAAAAGGUGUUCAAUCACUGGCGAGUGUCCUACUCCAGCUGCAAAUACAGCAACCUGGUCACCUCGCAUGGGUUUCACCCCAAUGAGCUAAUCCAGUAUUGGAAGCAUCUCCAGAACAAUAAGCACAAUCCUUGCCAGAGAAAAGGGUAGAAGGUUCAAACUGAUUCAGUCUUCUUUUUGAUGACUACUUUUUUGCCUAAUAGAAAAAACUAAAGGGAUUCUUUUAGGAGUUGUUGGGUGCUUUCACACUAGCACUUUUGGUCUGCAGCCAGAUUCGCUUGAAAUCCAAGUACGGUACGUUUAGCUAGUGUGAACGUGUCUUCUGAACUUGGGUGCGCACCUGUGAACCGUACUGGAGUCCGCCUGAAAGAGAUGGUCUGGGGAACGAUUCGUGCAAACUUUGGUACAUUUCACUUUUGAUAUGAAUACAAUCGUACUAAUUAACGUAACUGAAUCGCCAACUGUACAACACACUUUAGUCUUUAUAUCGUUCAGUUGUUUGUGCAUGUUUGUGUACCCCCUACCUUUGUGAUAAGCGAGACUGACCCAGUGCAAACAGCAAUAAUGUCUGCUUGUCACCACCAAAAACGACUUUUGCUGACAUAGCUGUGAUAUUCUGAAUGUUUUAUAGGUUUUUACGGCAGAUAGAUGAGAGUAGCUCUCUGUAUUUUGGUUCUGGUCACAAAAGCAAAAGAAUCAGUAAAAGUAGAAUGAUAUGUGGACCUCUCCAUUUUGUUGCUUUGCUUUUGUGGCAGUCACGUAGCAACAGCUGUACACAAAACAUCAGCUUAAUGACGCAAGCGUACUGGGGACAAUCGAACUCAGGCAAGUGAACCAAGUGUGAAAGCACCUUUACACACCAAACUCCAAAGAGCGUAAAUCUUUAUACCAGUUAGCAUGUUUUCUGAACUCACUCAAACACCUUGAAUUUUGUCCAGAAUUAUCUUUCGGGAAUGUAUGUGUCAUAAGAUUGUGAUCGGUUCCCCAAUUGUUUGCACAAAGAAAAAAAAGUGAACUUGUGUUAUUUAUGUUGGUUUGACAUGAUCUUGUGUUUUUUUGACAGUUCUUGAGAGAGAACUUAAUGUAAUACUCAAAUGAGAAUUAAAGAUAUGCACAUGC